AUGCGAUCACCUACUUGCGGAAUUGUUGUAUGUUACCACAAUGCUAUUGCACAACAAAAACGUCAAAUUCGACUGGAUAUAUCAUGGAAACUCUCCCGUGAUGAACCUUACUAUACCAUCUGGAGCGCUAAUGCCGAUACUAUGCGUACGGAUCAAGACUUGAAUGGUGGUCCCGGCGUACAAACUCAGUGGUCCACGGUACAACGGGCCAUCGAACAAUAUCGUGAAUAUAUGGUACAAGUUAGCAGAAGGAACACUACUGUUUUAACUAUUUAUCCGGACAUGGACAAUAUUUUUGUUGGAAAUAAUGGCUCCAGAAGUGGCCUGACUAAUGUUCAACGACAAGCGGUGAUGAGUCACUGGAUUGGAGCAGGUGCAAAUCUUAUUAUUGGUUCGAAUAUGACCGAUUUAGAUGAUUACGGCUCAGAACUUCUCACCAAUAGAAGAGCAUUACAAAUUGCCAAUGAUAUUACUUGUAAAUAUCCCAUGAUGCCUACACAAGGUAACAGUAAUCCAACUCAUGGCCGGCAGGGACAAGUGUGGAUAGCUGGCCCGAGUGCGGUCUCGAAUAUUGCAGUUAUUCUAGUUGCAAAUUAUGGGAACUCGGGCAACAACAACCUAUUUGAUCCGAUUCCUACUCAGAGUUGGUGGUCUUACAAUUUUACCUUGAGCGACUUCCAAUUUGAUCCCCAGACGACUUAUAAGGUGGAGAAUGUUUGGGAAGUCAGUGCCGAUUUUACAGCUCGAGGAUAUGAAAUAAUAUCAGGAACAUUGCAGGAUUCGGAGGUGAAGUUUUGGAAAAUCACGAAAACUGAUACAUGA